AUGCAGAAGUUGCAUAGGAACCCAUUAGGCCGCCUGGAACUGGGCACUGAUGGUGUUUUGCGCUCUGUCAACCUCGAAAGUGAAGUUAUUGAUGCUGUCGGUCUACCGCCUCGACUUAUCAAGGCGCUUCUUGAUCUUUCUCCAUAUAAUGAGGAGCGGGAAGUUCGCUUCCGCAACUCCGAUGGAACCUUGAUACCUCAAGAGCAGUGGUUGGCACCAGAUGCUUCCAUACUACCACGCCGCUUUACAACAGAGCAAAAGGAUGAAAUUAGGAGGCACUAUGAGGAGAACAAGGACAUUAUCGAAGAGAAUAUGCGGAAGAGGGCAAACGGGGAGAUCCAAGGUUGUGGUGUUGUAAUUCAGUCAAACUACAGGAUUUAA